AUGGCCGGCGUCGCUGAUAAGGCGAGAUUCUAUCUCGAACGCGCCGUACCGCAACUGCGAGAAUGGGAGGAGAAAGAAAUAUUUUCAAAGGAUGAGAUUCGCACAAUCGUCCAGAAGCGCAACGACUACGAGCACAGAGUUCUCUCACCCGGGAAUAAGCCAUCGGAUUGGUCUUCGUACGCACAAUGGGAGCAGUCCCUUGAGUCACUCCGUAGCAAACGCUGCAAGCGUCUCAAAAUCCGACACCUCCACUCCGCCCACGCUGGCCAGGGCCGUACUCUUGCGAUUUACGAGCGAGGUGUCAACCGACAUCCAGGAAGCAGUGCGCUGUGGAGAGAAUAUCUUUCAUACACGUCGAGCGUCAAAGCAUCCAAGCGCUGGCGCAAAACCAUGACCAACGCUCUACGCAUGAUGCCCACAGACCCUGAGCUGUGGGCAAUGGCAGGUCGAAGGUCAGCGAAGAACGGCGACAUGGCUGCCGCGCGUGGGUUUUUCAUGCGAGGUUGCCGCUUCUGCACAACGAACGAAAAGCUCUGGGUCGAAUAUGCGCGAAGCGAGAUGGAAUGGCUUGAGAAGGUCGAUAAGCGCAAGGCAGUCGCAAAGCCCGGCCAGGAUGUUCUCCGGCCAGAUCGCGAGGAAGAUGGAGACGAACUGCGACUUAUGGAUAGUGAUGAUGAUGAGGACGAUGAUGAUCUUCCCGAGCCUUCCAACGCGCAGGCUAAGGUUAUUGACAAGCAGACGGCUCAACAUUUGAAAUCAAACCCUGCCAUGGAUGGCGCUAUCCCUAUGGCUAUCUUCGAUAUCUCAAAGAAGCAGGCCUUCUUUAGCGCCAACACUGCGGAGACAUUCUUUGACCUCUUCGCGUCUUUCACACAUGUCCCAGCUCAGCCUAGGAUUUCACAGCAUGUUCUGGAUGUCCUUGAUCAGGAGUACCCCAACCACCCAGCCACAUGCAAUGUCCACAUUCGCCAACCUAUCAUGGGUGUGAACCCACAGACUGCAGAGUUCCCUAAGAACCUUAGAGAGGUACUGUCACGGUUGAACCAGUACUUAGAAAUCACAACAGAUCGCGCGGAAUUACAGAAGAAGACUGUCGCAUGGAUAGAUAGAUAUCUUGCGCUGGAUCUUUUGGACGAGGGUAUUCGGGCAGUACUGGAACAUACCAAGAAGAAGUUGGAGUCUAUUUAA